ACAAUGCAGUUCUAAUGGCGAGGAACAAUGGGCAUUCUCAUUUCUCCAUUUUCUAUGUCAUCGUUUAUUUGUUAGCGUGCAGGCCCUGUUGCUGUAGUUUACAGGAAAGAAGUCCGGUGGCGUUCUUCAUAUUCGGGGACUCGGGAGUGGACGUCGGAAACAACAACUACAUUAAGAGUGGGAAUGAAAACCGGGCGAACUUUGAGCCAUAUGGAAUCAAUGGAGUCUUCGGUGGGCCUACUGGACGCUACUCGGAUGGUCGAGUUAUGGUGGAUUUCAUUGCUGAGUAUGCAAAGCUGCCAUAUAUCCCUCCCUAUCUGGAACCUUGUGCCGAGUUUGUCCAUGGUGCCAACUUCGCUUCUGCAGGAGCCGGCAUCUUGCCAAAAACCAACCAGGAUGAGCCUAUUCAUUUUUGGAAACAACUCGAGUACUUUGACGAUCUGCAAAGCUCACUGAGAAAGAAACUUGGGGAGGCAAAAGCUAAUGAAAUGAUAGCCAACGCUGUAUAUUUCAUAAGCAUGGGAACAAACGACUAUAUCUCUGGUUAUUUGGGUACUCCCAUCAUGCAACAAUUAUACUCCCCUCAAGAGUAUGUAGGGAUGGUAAUUGGCAACUUAACACAAGCAUUACAGAUUUUAUAUGAUAAAGGAGCUCGGAAGUUUGGGUUUCUAAGCUUGAGCCCACUGGGGUGCUUUCCCUCCUUUAGAGCAGUAGUUAACCCAAAGGCUGGUAACAAUGAAGGAGGAUGUUUUGAGGAGGCUUCUGCACUUGGCCGAGCACAUAACCAAGCUCUCUCAGCUGUGCUCAAGAGUCUGCGACACCAUCUCAAAGGAUUCAGAUAUGCAAAUCCCAAUUUCUACAACUGGUUAUAUGAUAGAAUCAUAAACCCAACAAAGUUCGGUUUCAGGGAAGGGUUGGUCGCUUGCUGUGGAAUAGGUUCAUUUAGGGGCACAUACACCUGUGGAAAGGGAAGGACAGUUAAGGAAUAUGAGUUAUGCGAUGACCCCAAAACACAUGUAUGGUGGGACUCUUUUCAUCCAACUGAAAGGAUUCAUGAACAAUUUGCUUUGGAACUUUGGGGUGGUGCCCCACAAGCUGAGGGUUCCUACAAUCUUGCAGCACUAUUCAAUUAUGAUUUGGGUACCACUAUUGCUGAUAUAGUGGAUAUAGAUGUCAAUGUUAGCAGCUAAAUGCAUUGACAUAAUAACAUCUUAAAUGCACUCUUCGCUACUCAGCAAUAAAGCUCAAAUGUUAUAUGCAA